GCUACGUACAGAAUUUAGACACACAACUACAGGUGCGCCGGUCGUGCCAAAUUUGCGACGCAUUCAUCAUGAUCACGAUGUAUUAUUGAGGAAAAAUAGCCUCUUCGCGAUUGUAAAACGGCAGCUUGUUGCAGUAACCAGUUUACUUCGUCGUGAACUCACAAAGGGCAUUGUGGGAUUUUGUGCGGACGAGCGAUGUCGUUGGUAACCAGUCACAUGGGUGGGUCCGGGCACAGACGAGGCAGCACGGUCAGUGAAUACACACGGAACCGAACUGUUCACAUUGGACGGACAACCAACUCGAAAUGGCUUGUUCGAACAGUUGCAGAAUUCUGCCAGCAGAUUUCAUUGCUGUACGAACACUUUGCCAUCAAUCUGCAGUCGCUGGUGGAAUCCUUCAAAGAGCAAACGCUCAGCAAAGAUGGCAUGUCAGGACAUCGUUGGUUUGUUGGGGCCUGGGAGAAGUUACUGGAUCAGUAUGCCGUCGUAUCAUCAGACUAUUUUGAUCUGGCGCACAAUCUCGAGUGCGGUGUGAGUAAUUCGCUUCAAGAGGCUACGAUUCACAAACACGCGGUACUUGACGACAUCGUUCAUUAUCGCGACACGCUCCGCCAGGAGAUGAAAUCAAAGGACGCCAACCUUCUUAAGACAGAGAAAGAAUAUUCGGAAUCGUGGAAGAAAAUGGAGCAUGAUGGUAUAAACAACAUUCAGAAUCCAAACACUGCGGCGUGUUACAACAAGCACAACGGCUACAUACUGGAGUUGGCGGGUCUCAACAAAUUCAACGAAGGCGUUUGCGGCAACGUGUUACCAUCGUUAAGCAAAGAAAUUGAGAGAGUUCACGCCGAGAUUGCGGAGUUGGUGAUUCAAGGCAUUAUCAAACAUGCGCAACUCACCAAAUCUAAGCUGAACGCGCACGGUCAACAUAUGGACUGUAUGAUCAGUGCGAUGCAAGGCAUCGACACAUCAGGAGAGGCCGUUUACUCAUCAUUUGAGCGAGAACCGAGACAGUAUGGUUUUGUCAAACCUGAUCAGAAUGCAACGGGGGAUCUUGCAGGGACCAAAUUGGUAAUGAAUGCCGCAACAGAGAAUGUCUUACGAGAGACACACAGCACUCUGCUUAGAGAGGCAAGUGAAUUGGAGAAGAAAAUCAGCGCAGAGAAAGAGAUUGUGACAAAACUUACGAAGCAGCAUGAAAGCAUCAGAGCCAGCCAGCAGCAUGCCAAGUCCGCCGAAUGUCUGAAGAAGAUCGUCAAUCACAAAUAUGAUUUGCAACGAAGUGAAGUAUCUCUGGAGAGCAAGAAGGCACAGCUACGACUGUUUACACCAGACAUACUAAGCUGGAAGUUGAGUAACGGCCACGCAAGGAUAACUGUCAACGAUCCCCUAAAGCCGAAAGCUGACCAGUCUUUGAUUUCUUCGGAGGCUAAGGAUUCCUUCUCUGAUUUGCUUGACAACGGAAAAAGAGUUCACUGUUUUCAGGAUUAUAACUUCAAGAAGCCGACGUUCUGUGACCACUGCCGGGGUUUACUGAAAGGAAUUUUAAAGCAAGGUCUCCGAUGUAAACUUUGCAAAACAAACGUCCACCAUAAAUGCCAGGACGGCGUACCGGAGUGCAGAGGAGGUGUGGAAAAGCCCAACAAGGUUUUCCGUCGGCAGGCAAGCGUUCGUGACAUCAAACCGCUGGUUGACAAGAAGAAGCUUCUUCGUCGCCAGAAAAGUUCUUCCGAACUAGAGAUUCCGAGACAAUGCGACACCAAUGUAGAAGAAGUCGAUCCCAUCUAUGAGGCCAUCAAGUGUGCAGCGAGCCUAUCUAGCGGUGCGUCCGUAGACACCUCACCUCGUCAAAGUCUGGUACCUUGCACCCCAUCAGUGACUAGCACUCAACAGUCAGGUUCUUCUCUCAGCGGCUCUAGCGGGAGUACCAGUUCACUGGUCCCAGAGGGACGCGAUCCUGAUAAGUCCAAAUCAGCUCCUCACAGUCCGAGUACAGCAUCAACGCGACGCAAAAUACUGGAGACUUACGGCAAGAGCAUGUCAUUGGAUACCGAAUCUUCGUAUCGACAGCAACACAUGCAUGGCAGAACCAGUGAGCCGUCAAUGAGGUCGUCUAGUCCGGCCUCCAGCGAUCACGACUUUGUAGCGCUGUAUAACUUUGAAGGCAUGAUGAGAGAUGAUCUUUCACUCAGAGCCGGUGACCGAGUGCAUAUGAUCGAUAAGAGGAGUACAGAAUGGUGGAAAGGGGAGUUGCAUGGCGAGUGUGGUUUCUUUCCGUCGUUUUGUGUGACAUCAUUGAAACCGUGGGAACAGGUCGUCAAGGUGACGCGUACUUACAAGGUUUCGCAAGACGUCAAAGAUGGAAUGACUCUCAAGAAAGAUCAGGUUGUGAUCCAGACUUCUAAAGAAGAAGGCGGUUGGGUCCACGUUUGUAACCGAAAGCAGAAUGGCGUGUUCCCAUCGAAAUAUCUGCAACCGAUCUAAAGAACCUUACCACACUGCAUGUCUGCGUUCUUGUAUUGGGUCUUAUUCCUGAGCGCACGAGGGCACUCUGAAGACGCCAUUUUAAGGUAUGAUCAGUCGUGAAUUCAAGGUUAUAGAUGUAAGUUUCGAAAUUAAAUCAAAGUUACUUGUGAUUAGUCUGUUUGUGAACUAUGCCAGUCUGCCGAUUUGUCCUACGUGGAGAAUGCACAAUCACAAUUUGGACUCCAUGCAUGGACUCUAGAGGGCGCUUUGCGACCAUUCUUCGCAAGCCAAAA